CUCGGUAAAUCAAGGCAGUUUUAUCAAGUCUCCCUCUCCGCUUCGCUGCAGAAUAGAUAGACGUCCCCGUUUUUAAAGCAUAACGGGAAAUCAGGGCCCGACAAGGAGGCCUUGGUCGACAAGUUCCAGGCGGAGGAUAUCGCUAUAAUGGGCUUUUUUUACGCAAGUGGAUUUUACGACAGUUUUCCUGCUUGCGCAUUUUGAUAGAAAAACAACACGUUUGACGCCCGCUAGCUAAACAGCCGCCGCUGUCCUGUGGUGUUGGCGCUGCUGAACUGAGACGCUUCUAAGGGGGGACAUACGCCACAAUUCACCGGGAGGUUGCCCAAAUACUGCAAACAUGUCGGGGGCUUCGGUAAAAGUCGCCGUCCGAGUUCGACCCUUCAACUCCAGGGAGACGAGCAAGGAUUCAAAAUGUAUCAUUCAGAUGCAAGGCAACACUACGACUAUUCUCAAUCCCAAAGCCCCAAAAGAACCAGCAAAGACCUUCAGUUUUGAUUAUUCCUACUGGUCCCACACAACGCCAGAAGACCCCUGCUUUGCCGCACAGAACCAAGUGUACAAUGACAUUGGCAAGGAAAUGCUGCAGCACGCCUUUGAGGGUUACAAUGUGUGCAUUUUUGCGUAUGGCCAGACUGGAGCUGGUAAAUCCUACACCAUGAUGGGAAAGCAGGAGGAGGGACAGGAAGGAAUCAUUCCCAUGCUUUGUGAAGAUCUCUUUGAGAAAAUCAAUGAAGACAACAACAAAGAGGAGCUCUCCUACUCUGUUGAGGUUAGUUACAUGGAGAUCUACUGUGAGCGGGUGCGUGAUCUGCUCAACCCCAAGAACAAAGGGAAUCUACGGGUGAGAGAACAUCCUCUUUUAGGCCCCUAUGUGGAGGACCUCUCAAAACUGGCCGUGACCUCCUACACUGACAUCGCUGACCUCAUGGAUGCGGGCAAUAAGGCAAGAACUGUGGCAGCCACCAACAUGAAUGAGACCAGCAGCAGGUCCCAUGCAGUUUUCACUAUUGUCUUUACUCAGAAGAAACACGACAGCGAGACAGACCUUUCCACUGAAAAGGUCAGUAAAAUUAGUCUGGUGGACUUGGCAGGGAGCGAACGAGCAGAUUCCACCGGUGCUAAAGGUACCAGGCUAAAGGAAGGCGCAAACAUCAACAAAUCCCUAACUACAUUAGGAAAGGUCAUCUCUGCCCUGGCUGAAGUGGAUAACAGUACCAGCAAGAGCAAGAAGAAGAAGAAGACUGAUUUCAUCCCAUACAGAGACUCUGUCUUGACAUGGCUGCUAAGGGAGAACCUUGGUGGAAAUUCCAGAACUGCAAUGGUAGCUGCACUUAGUCCUGCUGAUAUAAAUUAUGAUGAAACUCUUAGCACACUCCGAUAUGCUGAUCGCGCAAAGAACAUUAAAUGCAAUGCUGUCAUCAAUGAAGAUCCCAACAAUAAACUGGUGCGGGACCUUAAGGAUGAAGUGGCUCGACUGAAGGAGCUGCUGCGUGCACAAGGACUGGGAGACAUUUUGGAUAUUGAUCCUGUGGGGAAUGAUUGCCCAGGAAGAGAAAUCAAAUGUGACAGUUCUCAAAGUAUUACAAUGCCACUGCUCAGUUGUCAAACAGAGGUUCAGAGCUACAGACCAAAAGACCUCAAAGACAUUCACAACAAUAAGAAUAGAUACUUGAUAGCCUCAGAGAACCAACGCCCUGGCCAUUUCUCCACAGCCCCUAUCGGUUCCUUGACAGCUUCACCGUCCUCUGGCUUGCUGUGCAACCAGGGGGCUCUGCAGUCGGUCACCAGCAUCCAGGAGCGCAUCAUGUCCACUCCCGGUGGAGAGGAAGCUAUUGAAAGACUUAAGGAGUCUGAAAAGAUAAUUGCUGAGCUCAAUGAAACCUGGGAAGAGAAGCUGCGAAAGACUGAAGCAAUACGCAUGGAGAGGGAGGCCUUGCUUGCAGAAAUGGGUGUGGCAAUACGUGAAGAUGGAGGCACUUUGGGUGUCUUUUCUCCUAAAAAGCUCAGCCAGGAAAGUCCAUUUGAUGAGCAGUUUGAUUGUUGUCCCACCAAGAAGCAAUUCACUGAGAAACCUUGCGAUCUCUAUACAGACUUUAAUGGGGUCUUCUCCCCAAAGAAGACUCCUCACCUGGUGAACUUGAAUGAGGAUCCUCUCAUGUCAGAGUGUCUGCUCUACUACAUCAAAGAUGGAGUUACAAGAGUGGGACAGGCUGAUGCCGAAAGACGACAGGAUAUUGUUUUAAGUGGCGCUCACAUCAGGGAGGAGCACUGCAUUUUCCACAGCGAGAGAAAUGCCAAUGGGGAUGUUAUCGUCAUGCUUGUGCCCUGUGAGAGAUCAGAGACCUACGUCAACGGCAAGCGUGUUGAAGAUGCGAUCCAACUGCGCUCAGGAAACCGUAUCAUUAUGGGAAAGAACCACGUGUUUCGCUUCAACCACCCCGAGCAAGCCCGGGCGGAAAGGGAGAAAACACCAACGGCUGAGACCCCUGUGGAACCAGUGGACUGGACCUUUGCUCAGAGAGAGCUUUUGGAGAAACAGGGAAUUGACAUGAAGCAAGAAAUGGAAAAAAGGCUUACUGAGAUGGAAAUCCUAUACAAAAAGGAGAAAGAGGAAGCAGACCAACUUUUGGAGCAGCAGCGAUUGGUAUAUGAGAGUAAACUGCAAGAACUUCAAAAACAGGUUGAAACUCGUUCCCUGGUUGCUGAAACACCUGAUGAGGAAGAACUUGAGGAAGAGGAGGAAGAAGAAGUGCCGUGGACUCAGCACGAGUUCGAGCUGGCUCAGUGGACCUUCAGGAAGUGGAGGUUCCACCAGUUUACGUCACUCCGUGACCAACUUUGGGGGAACGCCGUCUAUCUGAAGGAAGCCAACGCCAUCAGUGUGGAAUUAAAGAAAAAAGUCCAGUUCCAGUUUGUCUUGCUGACAGACACGUUGUACUCUCCGCUGCCACCUGAGCUGUUGCCCUCGGAACCAGGGAAGGAACGUGACUCCAGGACUUUCCCUCGCACGGUGGUUGCUGUUGAAGUUCAGGACCUGAAGAAUGGAGCCACACACUACUGGUCCCUUGAUAAACUCAAGCAGCGCCUCGACCAAAUGAGAGAGAUGUAUGACCGUGCAGGAGAAAUGGCUUCCACGCAUCAGGAGGAAUGUGGUGAAGGCACUUUGACUGGAAAUGACCCUUUCUAUGACCGCUUCCAUUGGUUUAAGCUUGUGGGGAGCUCCCCCAUCUUCAACGGUUGCGUUAAUGAGCACCUGGCUGACCGCACGCCCUCGCCUACCUUCUCCACCACCGACUCGGAGAUAACUGAACUGGCCGACGAACGCCAGAGUGAGAUGUCUGACCUGAUUGACGACGAGGCGUUUGUGGACGACACCAGCUCAGACGCCGGCACGGAGGAGGGAUCGGACAUCUUCAGUGACGGCCAGGACCCGUUCUAUGACCGCUCCCCCUGGUUCAUCCUGGUGGGAAGAGCUUUCGUGUACCUGAGCAACCUGCUUUACCCCGUGCCGCUGGUGCACCGUGUUGCCAUAGUAACAGAGAAAGGUGACGUGCGAGGAUUCCUGCGUGUGGGGGUUCAGGCUAUAGCUGCUGACGAAGAGGCCCCAGACUACGGUUCUGGAGUGAGACAGUCUGGUACUGCCAAGAUUUCCUUUGAUGAUGAAUACUUCAAAAAAAAUGAUUACCAAUCCACAGUUAUGACUCACUCUGGAUUAUCCCUGGAAGAACUGCGCAUUGUGGAAGGCCAGGGUCAGAGUUCGGAGAUCAACACCCCUUCUGAAGAGCUCAACAGAAUCAAUGACAUGGAGCUCAAGCUGGGUAACAUUCCGGAGACCAAGAUGUCUCGUGAUGAGGGUCUAGCCGGCCAAUUGGAGAUAGGCAGCACCUUCACCUUCCGUGUGACUGUGCUCCAGACCACCGCCAUCCCUCCAGAGUACGCUGACAUCUUCUGCCAGUUCAAUUUUCUGCAUCGUCACGAUGAAGCUUUUUCCACUGAGCCUUUGAAAAACACCGGCAAAGGCACUCCUCUGGGAUUUUACCAUGUCCAAAAUAUUUCAGUGGAGGUGACUGAGUCUUUCAUUGAGUACAUCAAGACCAAGCCUAUUGUGUUUGAGGUGUUUGGCCAUUACCAACAGCACCCGCUGCAUCAACAUGGCCAGGACCUCAUCAGUCCUCCAACACCUUCCAGGAAAUACUAUCCAAUUCCAAUGCCGCUGUCUAAACCUGACCAUACACGUAAGAUAGAGUUGGUCCGAUACCUGAUGAGCGGCUAUAUGAAUGGCAAAAUGCUGGACACGCUGUCUGAGCACGCCAAUGCCCUUGCCUCAUCUGCUGUGGCCAGCCUGGAUGAUGAAGCUGACCAGCUGUCGCACUUCCCCUUCCUCCCAGUGCCUGAUGACCCCGUGUUCAUUGUCCCCAGGCACCAUGUUCCAGCCACCAAGUUGAACACAAUCACAAAGUCCAACUUGGGCCAAUGUGUCAGCAAAUACGACCUACUCGUCUGGUUUGAGAUCAGCGAACUGGAACCUACUGGAGAGUAUAUUCCAGCCAUAGUAGAUCACAGUGGAGGCCUGCCUUGCCAUGGCACUUACCUGCUGCACCAGGGGAUCCAGCGGAGGAUCACUGUGACGCUCAUCCACGAGAAGGGUAGUGAGCUACAUUGGAAGGAUGUCCGCGAGCUGGUUGUGGGUCGUAUAAGGAACAAGACUGAAGUAGAUGACGGCACUGCUGAUGCCAUCCUGUCUCUCAACAUCAUCUCUGCCAAAAACAUCAAAUCAUCCCACAACUCCAACAGGCUUUCUAUUGAUAAAGAUAUUGAUAGGACCUUCUACCGCUUCGAGGCAGUGUGGGACAGCUCCCUGCACAACUCCCUCCUGCUAAACCGAGUCACUCCCUAUGGAGAGAAGAUCUACAUGACGUUGUCGGCUUAUCUGGAGCUGGAUCAUUGCAUUCAGCCUGCCAUUAUCACCAAAGACAUCUGCAUGGUCUUCUACUCCCGGGACGCAAAGAUCUCUCCUCCCCGUUCCCUCAGGAACCUCUUCGGUAGUGGCUAUUCUAAAACGCCAGACUGUAACCGAGUCACCGGAAUCUAUGAGCUGAGUUUGUGCAAGAUGUCUGACUCUGGAAGUCCAGGCAUGCAACGCAGGAGGAGGAAGGUUUUGGACACAUCCGUGGCGUACGUGCGUGGUGAGGAGAAUCUGGCAGGUUGGAGACCCAGAGGAGACAGCCUUAUUGUGGAACACCAAUGGGAGCUGGAAAAAAUGGAGCAGCUUCAGGAGGUGGAGAAGACUCGCCACCUCCUCCUGCUGAGAGACAAGCUGGGAGAAACCGCUCAAAUUGGAACGGCUCCGACCACAAAGUCGCUGAGCGAGUUGUUAUCUCCAAGCAUGAGCUCGGGCACCUUGUCCACCUCCACCUCCAUCUCCUCGCAGAUCUCCAGCACUACCUUCGAAAGCGCCAUCACGCCCAGUGAGAGCAGCGGCUAUGACUCUGCUGACAUUGAGAGCCUAGUCGAUCGUGAGAAGGAGCUGGCCACUAAGUGCCUCCGCCUCCUGACUCACACCUUCAACAGCGAGUACAACCAGUUGGUGAACAGCAUCAGCGACUGCAAACUCUCCGACAUCUCUCCGAUCGGACGUGACCUGUCGGUGACCAGCUUCAGCAGCGCCACCCUCACACCUUCCUCCACCUGCCCAUCUCUGUCAGAUUCCCGCUGUGGUUCUGUAGAACAGAAAACACCAGAGAACUGCUCCCAUGCGUCUAGCCCUUCCUGCUCGGAUUACGAAAACUUCCCGAUGGUGCCCACACUGGAGGCGUCCUACCUUGCCCGUGCUGGGAAGAACGAAUUCCUCAACUUGGUGCCUGAUAUUGAAGAAAUGAGGCCAGGAUCUGUUGUGUCCAAGAAGGGUUUCCUGAGCUUCAUGGAGCCAAGGUCCAACUCGUGGGUGAAACACUUUGUGGUCGUGCGGCGGCCUUAUGUCUUCAUCUACAACAGCGACAAGGACCCAGUGGAGCGAGGUGUCCUUAACCUUUCCACAGCGCAGGUGGAAUACAGUGAAGACCAGCAAGCCAUGCUCAAGACACCCAACACGUUUGCUGUGUGCACAAAGCACAGAGGGAUCCUCCUGCAGGCCAACAACGAGAAAGACAUGAACGACUGGCUGUAUGCUUUUAACCCUCUGCUUGCUGGAACCAUCAGGUCCAAGCUGGCAAGGAGGCGUAGUGGUCUCAUCAAGAACUGAAGAGGACGCUGCAAAUUUCAAUCUUUCUAAAAAAAAAACAAAAAAGGAAAAAAAAACGCCUUUGAACAAACCAAGUGUUAACACCUAAUAAUCAUUGUGAUUCUUGGCAGUUUUCUCUUGUAAGUAGACUUGUGGCUUUAAAGUCUCCUUUCCUCCAACUAACCGUGGCUUUAAAGUCUCCUUUCCUCCAACUAAACGUUUAACAUAAGACCUCCUCAUACCUUCCGACAAGCCGAUUUACCGCUCCUCCCCUCCGCCUGUAUCGAUUCUCUGUCUUUUGCUUUCUUCACAGCAACAUUUUGUUCUGCUUUGCUGUCUUUACCCCUGCGUCGCUUAACUAGUAGCAUGUUGUAAUAGUCCACUCGUGUGCACGAUCCUGCAGAUAAUGUUUGUCGGGCCACUCAUUUUCCGUUUGCCAAUCAUGUGUAAUAACGUCCAUCAGUGUUAUUUGUCUCCCGUUUGUUGAAAUAAUUGCCGCAUGACAAGAGCAGCCGUCCUCAGGAGAACACACAGUUUGCUUACUGAUAACAAGUCAUGAAGGGAACAUAUAUGAUAUUUAAUCGCUCCAAGGAAUGCUUCUGCAAAAUCUUGUCGGAACAAUUGCUGCUAAAGUGAAUAAGAUUUGCUUCAGGUUACUGCCUCUUUCUAACAUAAACACCAAGGCCCCUCCUCCUGUAACUAUCUCCAUAGAUAACAUUCAUAACAAACACGGUGUUGAGGUUCACAUCUCAGAGAGAGCCACAAUGUGUAAAAAACCAGUGCUCUCUCUCUGAGUGAUAACUAACAAUCAUGCAUGGAUAAAAGUGUCAACAAAGAAUAUUGUUUGAUGAAGGAAGACAAUUUUAUAUCAUGUGUGCACAUUGAUAACUGGUCUGUGGUCAGCGAGCGUUUCGGGCUCAGCUUGCUUUUUAUGUUUUUUUUUUUUUUAGGUUGCAUCAACUUAAUGUCACUGUGUCGACGCCACAUGUUAUAUCUAUUCUUCUUUCUGUUAUGUUGCUAUUGUUACAAUUACAUGUUUCAUAAGUGAACAGGGAAGUUUUAUUGCAAUAUUUGAGUUUUUAACCUAAUUUUGCACAUGUGAACACAAUAUAGCAAGACAAGGACUGAUCUUUUUAUUAUUAUAAAAGCACAUAUCAGAGCUACACUGGAUGGCUGUUACUCAAAAAUGUUGAAAGAAGAGAUACUAAGGGACACAAUAUACACAGUUUCUUUAUCCAGGCUAUUGUGGUAUAAAAAUUAUUAAAAUUAAUUAGUUCUGUGCAACAUGUGCACUUUUGACUCACUCUUUUCUAUGUGAAGGGUGCAGAUGGGCAUUAUUUAACUCUGGCCAACCAACCAGUAGUUGCCUGCUGCACAAUGAAUGCAUUUGUAUGAAUCGAAGGUCAGCGAAGGGACUAAAAUGUGUUGACUUUUCUCAAAAGUAAUCAUUUGUCCCCAGGUCAGCCAACCUGCUGGGUAUGAAAUGUGAUCACUUAGGAGAACAGCUUUUUCUUGCCAGGGCAGGUUUUUUUUUUCCACGAGUGGCUAAUUUUGCAGAGUUCUUGUGUAUUUAUUGUUUGCAAUGUACAUAUUAGUUUGCAGAUCUUUGCACAUAAUAAAAAAAAGGUUAAACUAACUUAUAUUUAAAAAAUCUGUGGUUUAGUUGCUCUUUAACCAAAUGAUGGCGUGGCAGUCGAAUGUAUUGUGAAGAUGUGCGUAAAAAACAAGCAAAAAGGGGGUAAAAAAGAAAAAAAAUGGAGCCUGUUUUUCCUUGUUGGAGACACUGGGUCGCAUGAUUUCUUCCUUUUUUCAUGAGAAAAGGGAAUAAAGCAAAUAUCUGCCUGGGUUUGCAAAUACAUUUACUCACUACUCAUGCUAGCCAGCCAUAAGGUCUUUAUUUGUCUUAUAUCAGGGAAUAUACAGUAAUAAUAGGUAGCUAGUGAUAUGAAGGUGACCAACUAUUGUUUGUGCUUCAUCACUUCGACACAUUUCCGUUGAUGCCUUUUUAAACCGAACAAGCUUCCCCUCCUGGCAAUUAUUAUUAUCCCUUUGGAUCACUAAAAAAAAGAAAAAAAAAAGGCAAGCAUUAACACUGUACAUUGUUUUGUUUUUUGUUUUCAUACUUAUUUUGUAAAUAUAUGUGUUGUACUGAGCUUGAAUUAAAAAAAAAAUGUAAAUAUGUUGACUGUAUUUGUAAUAAUUAUAAUCCAUUCGCUGUAUAGCAUAUAGAUGUGUCAUGCAGAUGUACUAAUAAUUAUAAUCUGUGUAUGGUAACCCUGCACCAUUGGUCUGUUUAGUGAAUGAUGAAACAAUAAAAGUGCAAAUUAGCAGAA